AUGGUAUGGCAGAACCCUUCACAGGGAAAUAUUCUUAGCAGAAGAUCAUAUGGAAUCGAAGAUUCGAUAGAUGAAUUUGAACGACAAAGGCAGGCGCGGCGACUCCAGGAGUUAUUUCGUGGUCGCUUCACCAAUGACGAAGCUCAACAACUGUUGAUCAACAAUGGCGGACUUUCAGAGGCCGUGGAUUUCGUCCUCAAAGGCGAUCCUGCAGAGAUCCGGACAUUUAUCAACAGACAGAAUGAUGAGUUGUUGCACGCACUGCGCCAAGACGCGGAGCACGUGCAGCGAUCUCUGGUGGAAGGAGUGACGCACACCAUCCGCCUCUUUGCUUGCGGAGGCUGCGACCGAUUCUGGUGGCGCAAGGUACCCGCCAGGAAAGAGGUUUCCAAAUGCAGGGUGUGUAAGGUCAAGUACGACCCUGUUCCGCGCCAAGAGGAGUGGGGACUGGCUGAGUUCAACUGCAACUGUGGUAAAAUCUUCAGGGGUACCGGGUGGAUGAACCACACCAAGUCGCCUUGCUACGCGUGUGGAGCCCCUGACGUCCAGCCCACCCGUAUUUUACCACCUGUCAGACAUCGCACUCACACCCAGAAGCAGCAAUUAUCGCACAGCUGUACUGCUCCCAACUGUUACAACAGGGCAGAAAGUCCACCGACGUACAGCAGAACUCAGCGCUUUUUGGGCGCCGUGCAUCACACGCACGAGCGGCCCGUGGCUCGCGGCGGUCGAGUGGACCAGGCGGCGCAGAGGAAGACCAUUGCACGCACGAGCGCUCGCAGCGCAAGAGAAGUGUUGGUCCCCAGUCCCAGGCACGUCAGCACGGGCUCGACCGUCGACACCUUUCUGACGCAGGGGGAGCUGGACGAGACAUACGAGGGCAUCAUGAGCCUGCCCAGCAUCGCCGGCUCCGACUAGUGCGGCAUCCCCCAACCUUCCCCUCGGCUCCACCUGCACCAGGCUCCAGCUUGUCACGUGGUUUCUUUUGGAUGAGAAGACACUUGCGAUCUCGACGUGUAAAACUAAUGUCACGGGGCCCGCCAGCUUGUAAUGGAAUACUCUCUUGCCGAUUGUCGUCAAGCGAGAGGGGACACAAUCUUUUUUUUUUAUCACGGUCUCGGAAGGAAGUAGAAGCUAGUAGAAUAAAGAUAAAAACCGGGCUCGAUCGACGAUGUCUUUGUGAUGCAUAUCUGAUGAAUAUCAUAGCGUUUAUAUUUAGAUGCAGACUCUCUUGCCUUUUUAAAUAAAUUUUUAAAAAUUAC